AUGUCUGAGCGGACAGUCUUUGUAUUGGAUGUGUCGAGUAGUAUGAGAGGACCAAAGUCUCAGACCCUGUACUCGGAGACCAUGCGCUGUAUUAACCGCAUAACUGAUUGUAAUUACGCGGAUCAGUCCGUGAGGCAAAAUAUUGUGGCCGCCGUUCCCGUCAAUUACAAGGGUUGGGGCACUGAUAUCAGGGCCGGUAUUAUAGAGGGGUUGGCAGCGCUCAGACGCGCCCGACUGCGGACCAAAGGGGCGAAGAUAUUUGUGGCCACAGAUGGCGGCCAUUGGUGUGGGAAUGACGACUAUGUGGGCGAUGUGUUGCCCGAUCUGAUCAAGUCAAAGGUCAAAGUGUAUUGUCUGGCAAUCGGUGUGAGCGCUGAUCACGAUCUGGAAAAGCUCGCGACAGCGACCGGGGGUCAGGUCUUCAACUUGAGUCGAGUGGACGCCGAGAGCCGCGAAAUGAUGGCCCGAGUAAUGGAGGCCGCGAUGAAAGAAGUCAUUACCAGUAAAGAGAUGGCAGAAGUGGUCACUCAUACUGUGAUUAACGAAGUUGUGGUCAUAAAUGGCAACACAUAUGAGAUACGAGUGCCCAUUGAGGCCGACAUCGGACGCAACACUCAAAUCCAUGUCCGUUCCGAAGCCAUCAACGAUAUUGAGGUGGAGAUCACCGGCCCGUCGGGUGCUGUCUAUAGCACUACCGGCGGAGAGAUUACGAGACGGUUGGAUCUUAAAGAGUGUGUGCUAUUCAUGGACUCGACUGAAUCGGGUCUCUGGGCUAUUAAAGUGAAGACACAAACAUCGGGCACAGUUAGGGUCCAUUUAGUGGUUGAAAGCAACCCCACCGGCACUCAAGCCAUUGGUCUGCAGGUGUUUUUGCGCGCACCGGAAAGCAAAUGUCCGCCAAUAAUCUCUUGUAAACUGUGUAAAGGCAAUGACCCGAUUGUGGGCGCUAUAGUGACGGCAACAGUGGACAGACCGGGCGGUACUCACACUGACCUCCCGUUAAACUUGUAUCAUAACGACGGCUAUUAUUACGCUUACUUUACCGACUAUAGCGGCGCCGGUAGAUAUAAUGUUAGCGCACUGGCCGUUAAUGAUGGGAAUAAUACGACUUACCAUGGCGCACCCGUCGGGCAAUUCCGUCGCCAACGAGUGGCCAACAGUUUCCAAGUGAUGGCCGACUUUAUGCCCACUCAAUCGCCCGCUUGUGAUCACUUUUUGCAAUUGUUACUUAGCAACCAAUUCGGGUCAAUGCGUAUAAACAAUAUCACCCAAUCGGGAGCCCCAACCGGUCCGGCGACCAAAAGGUCGGGUUCUUCGCUGGACAGCAAAGUAGUGCUAUUGAGCUCUAAAAUGAAAUCACUUAAGAGUCGUUUGGCGUCUAAUUAUUAUCGCACAAAAUUGGCUGUCAAUGGACUACAGGUGUCCGCGAGUGAGAAGUCAGGUCUUAUGAAUCGGUUGUCUACUUUUGAUCGCUUUUUAACCUCAGUUCGCGAGACUUCUACUGAAGAGAUCGAUGGAUAUCAACACACUUUGGAUGACGUGAACGAUAAGAUUCGGGCCCUAAGACAACUUCAUUGA